AUGGUAGACCGAGAUAGUUUUGAGGUUUUUGGUCUAUCUAGUUUAAUUGCCAAUUGUGAAAGAGGUAGGAUAGCAGCAGUGUUAAGUUUUAUGUUUAUUUUUUAUUUCUGUUCACGACAAACGAACUUGUCUAAUCAAGUCUACCAGUACCUCUACAAUAAUAUGGACACAGUUUAUUAUUUUGACGCCAGACGUCCACGAUUUUUAUGUACAGUUUAUCAAGGUGGUCUUGGAAACUUGUUAUUUCAAUACUCAUUUUCAUACAUGCUAUCCAAAACCAUGAACCUCACUCUCCUAGUGCCAGAAGAUAAAAUGGCGCUGCUUCAAGAAGUUUUUCAAAUUCCAAACGUAACAGUCAACAAACGAGGAAUGCAAGUCUGCACUAAAACUCGUAAAUACGUUGAUAAAAUUGAUGUUGGUUUUGACUCAAGCGUUUUUAGAGUUCCCAAUAACACUGAUAUUUAUUUCGAAGGAUAUUUUCAGUCGUGGGUUUACUGGGCAGAUUACAAAGUUGAAAUCAGAAAACAGUUAAAAUUUCAUCCAGAAAUAAUCAGUAAAGCCAAAAGAGUUUUAUCGAAUGCAGUAAAGUUUCAUAAUAAAUCACGUCAAAAAAUUUCUUUAGUUGGUAUACACGUCCGACGUGGAGACAUGAUUGCUUCCGAAUAUUUUCGUAAACAUGGUUACCAGGUUGCUGACAAAAAGUAUCUAGCAAACGCUAUGAAAUAUAUGACAGAUCAUAUCAAGAAAGAGAUUCUUUUUGUCGUCUGUUCUAAUGAUAUGAAAUGGACCAAGACAGCCAUUAAAGUUCCCAACGUCAUUUUUGUAAAUAGCACUCGAAGGGAAGUCGAUAUGGCGGUGUUGACACUUUGUGACCAUUUUAUCAUGACAGUGGGGACAUUUGGAUGGUGGGCAGGGUUUUUAUCUAAAGGAACGGUCAUAUAUUACAAUCAACCAUUUAGACCCAACUCAGAACUUGCCAAAAAUUUUGCCAAUGAUUACAAUGAAAGUUUUUUCUAUCCUGGAUGGAUUGGAAUGAGUUAA